CUUUAUGCGUCAGCAUCGACUUUUGAACAAGUUUUGGAACGAAACGUAGUAAGUCAAAAUCAGCUGUUAGGUGACAGUGACAUCUAACCUCAAAGUUUCUGUGUGUUAUUCUGUAAAAUUAUUAUUUUAUCACAUAAAACACAGUUUCCAACAAAAUGCGAUAUGUGUCUCAGAUAUUUCAGCCAGUGAUCACUAUACCGAAGAAUGCGAAAAUCAAAAACACAGAAAUCACUUGCAAAAGUCAAAAACUUCUUCUAGAAUGUGGUCUAGUCCGUCCCACGAGCUCCGGUCUCUUCGCACUCCUGCCACUGGCCCGGAGAGCCCUAGACAAGCUGGAGACCAUCGUACGGCAGUGCGUAGAGGCAGCCGGUGCUCAGAGAGUGACGCUGCCUUCGCUGACCGCUGCCCACCUGUGGGAGAAGACGGGCAGGCUUGAGGACGUUGGAUCUGAGCUGUUGACGGUUAAAGAUAGGCAUAAGAAGGAGUAUUUGCUGGCACCGACACACGAGGAAGCGAUAGCUGAUCUCUUAGCCGACGUCGGGCCUGUGUCGUACAAGCAACUGCCACUAGUUUUGUAUCAAAUUAGCAACAAAUACCGCGACGAGCAGCGUCCGAAACACGGCCUCCUCCGCGCGCGUUCGUUCGCGAUGCUCGACGCGUACGCCGCGCACGCGAGCGCCGAAUGCUCGCGAGCGGUGUACGAGCGCAUGACUCAAGCGUAUAGUAGACUGUUUGAGAGGCUGCAGCUGCCUGUCUAUAGAGUGUCAGCUCCAACCGGCGAUAUGGGCGGCUCUCUCUCCCACGAGUGGCAGGUCGCGGCGGCGGCGGGCGAGGACACGAUACACGUAUGCCCGUCCUGCUCGCACGCGGCGCUGGGUGAAGGGCCGUGUAAGUGCGGGAGGGAGACAGAUAGAGUCAGCAGUAUUGAGGUGGGCCACACAUUCAUCCUGGGCACGAAAUACAGUGACCCUCUUCGAGCCACCUUUGUGCCCGCCGCCGGCGCCCCGCAGCCCCUUAUCAUGUCGUGCUAUGGGAUCGGAAUCACCAGGUUGCUCGCAGCGAGUCUAGAGGCGUUGUCGACUGAGACGAGCAUGCGCUGGCCGCGCGCCAUAGCGCCCUACAGCGCCGUCAUUAUUGGACCCAAAGAAGGCUCAAAAGAGUGGCAGUGCCACGGCGAGGAGCGCGUGCUAGAUCUAUGGCGGCGCGUGGCUCAAACUCAAGAUACUGUUAUAGACGACCGGCACUCGCUCACGGUCGGGAAACGGCUCAUGAUGGCUGAUAAGCUAGGCUACCCAACGAUCAUAGUGUGCGGCAAGGCGGUCUUAGAGACGCCGCCGCGCUACGAGCUACACUGUCUCUACCAGACACGCGGGCCGCGACUCGUCACUAUGGAGGAGUUGUUGGACGUCAUGAGGGAGGAAGAAUGUGUGGGGAACGGUUUAGAGGCUAAUAAAGUUGUAUAAAGUAAAACAUGUGCG